AUGUCAGCAUCAUCAUCUUCAACCUAUUAUUCAUUCGACAAGUAUUCUAAAUACUUUGCAUGUGUCGACCAAAAGACCAACCAAUUGCUUGUUUGGAAUACCACCAACUCUUCUGAACCAUUACGUACCUAUUCAGAUGAUCGCGAAUCUUCAAAGCUUACAUGUUUAUCUAUCUUUACUUCUACAAAAGCAAGUUCAAUUCAAAAAGGAGUGAUUGCAAUUGGUACAAACUAUGGAGAUGUAUUGAUUUAUAAUAUAUUGAGUGGAAAGAUGGAAAAGAGAUUGACAGGUGCUCAUGCAGGUUGCAAGGUGGUAGGUGUUGUAUUUGGCACCACUGAAAAGGAUAUAUUCUCAUGCGACAUUGAUGGACGUGUCGCACAAUGGCAACACGACGGCAAACCAAACACAGUGCAAGCAGAGGAAGGCCGCGACGUUGCAUCGAUCGCUGUCUCUGACAAGGGUACCGUGUUGGUGACUGGAAGCACCCACGUUCGUUUCUGGGAUGUCUCUCAGAUGGCUUCAUUGCGUAAGCACAAGUUGGCCAAGUCACAAGACAGUCUCACUUUCCUCGCAUCACUCGUCGUCUCUGCAUCGUCGCAAGACCAAUACCUCAGUGUCUUUGACACAGACUCUGGCAGUGCCGUCAACAAGAAGCUGCUCCAAACCAUCAAGCUUUCCUCCAACAUUCAACACCUCUCAUCAUAUAGCAAGGAGCAACACCAAUACAUUGCUGCCGUCACCGACAACAAGAUGGUUGAAAUCCACAAGAUCACCCCAUCCAAGGUUUUGGACUCUACCAAGGUCACCAUUGAAAAUGCUCAAGCCGUCUCCCUCGUCUCUUGUUCCUUUGUCAAUCAAUCUGAAUUAAUCAUUGUUCAUGCCAACAAAGAUAAUUUAAAGAAAUCUAUAAAGUUUGAACAAUUUGCAUUUACAAAUAAGGAUACUAGUUUUAUUAGAUAUUUACCAGUUAAUAAACAACAACAAGAUGAACAAUCAAAGGAAUCAAAGAAAUCUACUACUACCACCCCACAAGACAACAAUAAUAAUAAUAAGAAAUCAAAUAAUACAACAACAUCAAAUAAGAUAAUGACAACAAUGGGAGAUGUACCAAUUGAAUCACCAGCACAAUCAGUUGAUCGUGCUACCGCAGUCAUUGAUAACAAACAAAAGAGUUCCACCACUGUCGUCGACUUGGUCGUCCAAGGUUUGACCUCUUCCGAUAUGUCACUUUUAGGAAAGGCUUUGGCCUCUAGACAAGAGGUUAUCAUCAAUACCGUCAAGGCUUUACCAUCACCAUACGCAUACAAUCUUUUAAAGAAAAUCUCUACAGAUAUUGCUACUGAAUUAAAGAAUUCACAUAUUUUAUUAAUGUGGAUUAGUAAUAUUAUUAAAUAUCAUUCAGCUUAUUUAUUGACUGUACCAUCACUCAGACAACAAUUGGCAGUUCUCAACUCGGUGGUUGAGGAUAAAUAUAAACUUCAUGAAUCAAUGACCAAAUUGGUUGGAAAAUUCGAAUUGAUUGAAAGCCAAAAGAAUGCUUCCAUCGCCGACACUAUCGAUUAUAAUCCAACCCUUGUCUACGAAGACAACAGUGAUGAAGAGGAAAGUGAAGAUGAUGAUGAAGAUGAAGAUAUGCAAGAUGACAGUGAUGAUUCAGAGGCAGAGUUUGACCCUGAUCAAGAUUCUUUAGAUGAUGAUGAUGAUGAUAUUGAUGAUCUUCUCAUGGAAGAUGAUUAA